AUGAAAAAUUCAGAACAAAAAACAUCAACAGCUCUACGUAGACUAAAUGAAUCUGAACAGUUUCCUACUUUGAAUCUUUUACAAUCAGAUCAAUCAAUAUUAACUAUUGAUCAAUGGAAUCUACUCUCAAAUUUAUCACAUUGUUAUGAUGAACAUAGUGGAUUAUCAAUAGGUGAACAUUUCAUGCUUGAACAAAAUGCUCUACCACUUAAAUUACGUUUCAAAAAAGAACCAAUAAAGAAAUUGAUUCAAAUAACAUUGGAUAGAAGUCAAUUAUUAUACAAAAACAAUCAAGAUUUUCUUUCUUUAUCUGCAGAUGAUCGUUCUAUUUUAUUUCAUACCACGUUUACACAUACAGCACAUAUUUCUGCGGAUAUGAUUAAUUAUAAAAUUCAAUUAAUGAAUUAUCCUGCUUAUUUCCAUAUUAUUGAAAUGCUUACUAAUCCAAGUUUAAUGCCUGUUGUUAGACGUAUAGCAGAUCGACUUGAUUUUGAUAUGAUCAUUAUGAAAUUAUUUCUUGUUAUUCUUUCAUUUUCAACAACUCGCUAUACAGUUUAUUCAAAUACACCUCCAGUAAAUUUAUCAAAUAUCAAAGAAAUCUUACGUAUUCAAGAUACAUAUAUUGAAAUUACAUGGCGAUAUUUACUUUAUAGAUAUAAUUUUGAACGGUCUGUUAUAUGUUUAUCUGAUCUUAUUAGAUGUUUCUGCGCUAUUCAUGAAGCUAUAGUUAAAGUACAUGAUAUUCCAUGGCCUGCAGAUACAAUCUUGUCGAUUGUUCAGCAAACUGAAGAAACUCUUACUCUCAAUUAA